GUUCCUGGGCAGUAGGCAGCGUGUGGAGGUGCGCUGCCCCUGCAUUCUGUAGAGCAUAUCGGCUCCCUGGCCGGUGAUAUAUCACGACAUUGGCGCUGUGGGAGAUACUGAAACUGCAAGCCGAUGGACCCCAGUAGGAGUCAGCUGGACUCCGAGUUUUCUCAUCAGGAUACACCAUGUCUGAUUGUGGAAGACUCCCAGCCAGAAAGUAUGGGAACAGAAGAAGAUCUGGACCGCGCACGCUUUGGUCUGCUUGCGCAGCAUCUUCCGCAUCUGGAAUCACAAGUGGAAAGCCCUGUCAUGGAUUUUGUGCCUGGUAAACCUACCAUUGGUGUUAAAGAAAGCAUCGAGAUACGCGAGUCCUCAAAAGAAAAUCAUCUAGAGUCUCUGACAAAACUGCAUGCACCAAGCGGUGAUUAUAUUCCUAGCCAAAUAAUUGAGCGAAUUCCUUGUCCAACAAACAAAAUCAGUGACUUCAGCUUGAAUGAAAAUAAUGAACUUGAAGGGGCUGCUGACUGCACUACACAGUCCUUGCAAGCUGACGAUUCUGGAACCUCACAGCUGGCAUUUGGAGUGCUGGAAUUAUCCCAGAGCCAAGAUCUUGCAGGCCAAAGUACAAAGGAAGGUGCUGGAAUGGAAGAUGUAACAAACUCUGAACCUCAGACACAAGAAUGUAACCAAACAGGAAUCCAUGACAUUGGUGCUCAAAGUAGGGAAGGAGACAGUGUUACAGAACAUGUGCUGGAGGAUUCCAAACGACUACAGGAGGAAGCAUGUUCUGUGGAAUUAUCUAACAACCGAAGAGAGGAACAAAUAUGCACUACUGUAAACCCCAACUCUGAAGAGAAAAAGCAGCUGAGUUACCAAAACCUUCAGACUAAAGUGGAAUCGUGCAGCGCAAAGCCGGAGGAGGAAGACAUGGAUACUUCAGAUCUUGUCUCUAGUCAAGAAGACCUAUUUGGGCAGCCCAGUAACACAGAAUCUCAUAUCAGUCCUGUUGCAAGCAAGAUUGUGUCUACUCCAGCUGACACAUUGCGCCUCCUGCAGUUCUCAGGACAGGCCAUCCUUGCACCUGUGAAAGUCUCGGGAGUUUCCUCGGACCCAGGGUCUCCUUCCCCAGAUACUAUCCAGCCUACCCCCAUCAUUGUACCCAGCUCACCGACAGAGCAGGAAAAAGAAGUUGAAGACAUGGAAAUAGUUGAACCAUCAAGUAAAACGGUAGAGAGUGGGCCGCAGGAGGAGUCUCCAAAACCUAAAAACGACCCUUGUUCAGCUGUACCUCAAGUAUCAACACCAGUGUGCCAGAACACUCAAGCAUUCGUGCCAGGAUCUUUUGUGGCACCUUCACAGCCACAGUUUUCUCAUGAUGUAUUUGUGCCAACGCCGAGUGUCGACGACUCUCUUUCCAGAGGGCAGAGUGAACAUCUGCAUUUGCCUCAGGACUGUGAAAGUCCAAGAGGUCCUAGUGUAAGAUCUGAAGACACUGAAUUAAACCCAAGACCAUCCCAGGAAAAUGUAGAAGAUGAUUGUAAUUUAAUGCUAUCCACAAGUGAACUUAUGGAGACUGAUACCCCACUCGCAGAGGAUGUUAGUGGAGCAACACAAAUUGAAGAGGAUGAAGAACAAGUAAUCAAUCUUUCUACAAGUACCAAGGAGACUUCCCUGCAAGCAGAUGCUUCACAAGAAAACCAGGAUACUGUACAUAGGCAGCCAAUUGACCUGGCCCAAGAUGAUGCUCCCAGUAACAGUGAUCAAAGUGCCAUUGUAGACGUUGAUGUCAAUGACCAUAAAGAUUGUAAAACCCAAACUAUUGACUCCGGUAGUCAGAAUUUCUUGGUACCAUCUUUAAAUUCAGAUGCCUCUUUGAGCAUUUUAGAUCAAGAGGUGUCUGAUCACAAGUUGAAUUCAGUUGCUGAUAGUCUUUCUGGGGAUGUCGAUGAAGUUCCUGAAACUCCUAAUGAUAAUGAAGCUGCAGAAAGUGAACAGAGAGGAGAGGGCAAUCUCAAACUUGCUCUUUCAGAGACUCAACAUCUGUGUUCUCAUGGUGUCGAGCCUGCCGAAGCCAUGGAGGUUGAUCAGAUCGAAGAUUCUCAAGUCUUUGAAGGGAAACCAGAUUAUGCGAAUGUCGAAGAUCAGCAAUCCAUUAUGCCAGAAAAUAAAUGUGAUGAUGUAAAGCACAUAAAUCCUGUGCCUUGUAUAUUGCCUUUACAUUCUGAUGUACCUCCACAAACGGAAAACAAUGAAUGUGACAAGUCUGCCGAUGCAGUUGAGGGAUCAGAGGUUGGUCUCCCAAGUGCUCAACAGAGUACUGGACAAGAGCAGAAAGUUGCUCUUGUUCAAGUUUUAGAGAAGCCAAAGCAAAUCUGUAAGAUAGACAACUCUCAAAGUGAAGCAAAAGAGAAAACGGACAAUAUUAUGCCUGCUGCUAGCGACUGUGACAAGUCAUUGAACUCCCCAUCACCUCUUCAGCAGAUUUCACAUCUUGCUGACUUGCCUGUAGCUCAAAAGGAAAAUGAAGAGCUCAUUGUAGAAAAGGAAAAUGAAGAGCUCAUUGUAGAAAAGGAAAAUGAAGAGCUCAUUGUAGAAAAGGAAAAUGAAGAGCAGCCUGUGCCUGAAACACCAGAAUGCGUUAAACAAGUAGAUCAAGAGUCGAAUUUGACCGAAAAGGUUAAGGGACAACAGGAUUGUAUCCUGGCUGAGGAUUCAGGCGGCAUAAGCAUCAUGGAAAAAUUAACCCAAAAAUAUCCAGAGCCACUUAAAAACACAGAACAUGUUGAAAAGCUAGAAGAUAAUGUCAUGUGUGCAUUGAGCGUAGAAGAGGCAAACAAACCAUGUAGCCUGAAUGUAGUAGAAGAUGCUGCGAAUACACCAGACAAGUGUCCCUUGUCAAAAGAUAUCCCUGAAUCUGGAGGGAAUAUACAGUUAGAACUUCCUGCAGCAGAACUUAAAGCUGUAUCUGCCAGUGAUAAAGAGAAUCCGUCUAAAGCUCCAGUACUAGACCUAAACACAAAAUCAGUUAGUGAGAAGCAUGAUGAGGUAAGUCCUCUGGAUGCAGACAACAUUCUAGUUACUGAGUCACAGAAGAAACCAGAAGUGAUAUCUCCUCAGAAAACGGCAAUGUCUAAUAAAUGUAUUGACGAUGCAUCCAUUGGUUCUUGUGAAGAUGAGGCACAUGGGCUGGAUUCAGAACUCCAAGAGAAAACAGAACAGUCCACACGUAGUCUCUGUGAAAGCUCAAGUGAAACACCAUUCCAUUUUACGCUGCCUAAAGAAGGGGAUUUAAUUCAACCAAUAAGCAAUGUUACAACUCCAAUGAUUGGCCAGUUGAAACGGGGGCCACGAAGGCAUAGUACCCCGAUCGUUGUUGGAGACUGUCCAGACAGCACCCUAGCAACCAGUGAUGUCACCGCUGAGAGCAAUGUCGCCACCAACGAUGUUACAGUAGAGAGCGCCAUGGUCACGACAGAUGUGUCCGAGGAAAGUGACAGGGGAAAUUCAGGCUCUGCCUCUAAUGCUGAUGGGAAACUGUGUCUAAGGAUGAAACUUAUUACACCUGUAAAUGAGGAAAGCGAAAGUGCUCCAGAAUUUAGCUUGGAAAAACCUCCAGUUGUUGAGAGAACAAGUGGGACUGCCACCGUGGAGGGGGGUAUUGCCAGUCACACCGAGAACUCCCCAUCUGUGUUUAUACGCGUGUGUGAAGCCCAUCGUGAAGACGAGACCCGAAGUCACCAAUUGCCCACUACACCGGUCAGGGCAAAUUAUUUCCAGUUCUCCAGUAAAGGAAACAAUGGAACACCAAUUGCGUCUCAAAACAUGAAAGAAAUCUGCAAUGAACAGGUCACAGAUCGUCCCUCCCUACCAGAAAGUUCUGUCCAGGACAUAUCCUGUGAUCAGGAGGCCAUGGAAACAGAACCUUGUCAGGAAGAAACUCAACAUGAUGCAGAGAGAGAGAGGAAAAAGACACCUGCUCAAUCUCCCACCCCACAAUCUGACUCGGAGGAACAUUUAUCUUUGGGUUGUAGAAGCAAAGAAGUUCAGACUGUGAAUGUGGAAGAACCUAAAACUGCAGUUGUGUCCUCUUCAACCCAAACAGACAUCGUGCCGAACCCAGCAUCUAAGGUUGGUGAAGGAUCUGGUCUACAAAGUCUGAAGGUAUUGAAAGAGAAUGAAAAAUCGGAAACCACACAAAAACAAGGAGAGCGAGAUGACACUGAUUCUGUGCACAGUCAGGGAGAGGAUGACUUUGAACUCCCUCGCCCUGCUCCUGGCCGCAGUGUUCAUCGGCAUGUUCGAACAGUUCGGGAAGUACGAACGGUGGUCACUCGUGUUAUCACAGAUGUUUAUUACAUUGAUGGUGCAGAAGUGGAGCGCAAGGUCGUAGAGGAGGCAGAAGAACCAGUAAUAGAAUGCCAUGAAUAUGAAAAUGAAGUGUCACCUUCCAGGACAGUUGUCUCCUCUCUGACCUCUGGAGACCUUGCAGAUAUUAGUUCCCUCUCAUCAAAAGCUUCAAGUCUUCAGCGCACUUCUAGUGGAGCAAGCAGUGGCCUUUCUGCUGGACAGAGCACUAGUGGUAGUACUUCUGACCGGGGGAGAUUAACUGCAGGCAAAGGAAAAAGUGGCCAGCUGGACGCCGGAGACUUUGCCAUACCAAGUGGACGAGGAAGUGCUGGAAAACUGAGUCCUAGGAAAGUGGCCAGCCAGCCAGGGUCAUCACACAGACCGGGAAGACAAACUGGGAUGCAAGUAAGUGAGGAUGAUGCCGAUGUACCGCUUGGAAACAGACCAGGUGCCAAAGCUCCCCUUACACCUCGUGGAAGAGGAAGGAGGGGACGUCCUUCUUUUCGAGGAACUGGAUCAAGGGAAACUGGCACAGCGUCCCAUGCACAUGGUGAGGAUUCCACUGCUGCUGCCAUUCCAGAUGAAGAACCCUUUACCCGCAUAAAUAUUGGCCACCCGGAAGCACGUGACAAACCAAGCCCUGGUACACCUAUUAUGCAUCGCAGUGACUCUCCUGAAAUUCCGUAUCAGUCUCCAUCCAAAAGUGAAAGCAUGGACUCCCCAACUAGCAGUAGUUUUGUGGGGCUCAGGGUUGUGGCCAAGUGGUCCUCCAAUGGCUAUUUUUAUUCAGGAACAAUUACCCGAGAUGUCGGAGGAGGGAAAUACAAACUGCUGUUUGAUGAUGGCUAUGAAUGUGAUGUUCUAGGAAAAGACAUUUUACUAUGUGACCCUAUUCCAUUGGAUACAGAGGUGACAGCCCUAUCUGAGGAUGAAUAUUUUAGUGCCGGAGUGGUAAAGGCGCACAAGAGAGACUCUGGAGAACUGUAUUAUUGUAUUGAAAAGGAAGGUCAGAAGAAAUGGUACAAAAGAAUGGCGGUCAUACUUUCUCUAGAACAAGGAAACAAGCUGCGGGAACAGUUUGGACUUGGCCCAUAUGACCCGUGCACACCGUUAACAAAGGGAUCCGACAUCAGUCUUGAUAAUCUUGUGGAAGGAAAGCGGAAGCGGAGAAGUAACUUAAGUGUGACAAGUACUCCAACCACCUCACUUACAGCUAGUACAAGUACACCAACACGGAAAGGAUCCGACAACCCUCGCAGCUCCAUGGGUGUACCCUCUGGUAAACGGAAAUUAAUCAGCACAGAUGAGGAUACAUCUUCACCUAAACGUGGACGCAAAUCAGUUGUGGUGAAGUCAGGUGCUGCAAAAGGAGAAUUUAUGAGCCCCAGUGAAAGUGGAGAGACCAGUGACCAGGCAGCAGUCGAGGAGUCUCACGGACCUUUACCACAGAACAAGUUGUUGUUCAUGGGCUACUCCAUCUUAUUUACAACGGCCACCUCCAGUGACAAGAUCAGCAAUUGUCUGAGAUCAAAGGAAAUCAGCAGUGAAGAGGAAGAAGAAUAUGUGGAGAGCACACCUUAUAACCGACAGUACACAGAGGCACAAAUCCGAGCAGGAGGUGGUGAAAUUUUGGGCAGUUUCAGCGAAGCCCUGAGUAAAACAGGAACAAAAUGUUUGCUGGUUGCUGACCAGCAUUGCCGAACCCUGAAGUAUUUCCUGUGCCUUGCCAGUGGGAUCCACUGUGUGUCUCACAUCUGGAUACAUGACAGUUGUCAUUCUAAUGAGCUGCAGAACUUCCAUAAUUAUCUUCUCCCUGCUGGAUACAGCCUUCAAGAGGACAGAAUUCUGGAAUGGCAUGACUCCAGGCAUCCUUUUCAUGGUUUGCGCUUUCUUGUGGUGUCUGACCAGAAAGAAAACUUUUUGGAAAUGUGGACAGAAGUUGUAAUGACUGGUGGAGCAGCAUCUGCAAAACAGCACAACUCUACAGAUCUCAACAAAGAUGUUGCUUUGGGCGUUUUUGAUGUUGUUGUCACAGAUCGAUCAUGUCCAGAAUCCAUCUUAAAAUGUGCCCAAGCCCUGGCCCUUCCAGUAGUUUCUUCUGAGUGGAUUAUUCAGAGUCUUAUCCAUGGGGAGAAAGUUGGUUACAAUAACCACCCUAAAUACAAACAUGAUUAUGUUCCCAGUUAAGAAGACCACACUACUCCCACUGCCCUUUUUAUCAACUUUAUUUUUGCUGCUCUUUGCAUUGUGCAUACUGUGUUUUAGAUAGUUUUAAAUGUGUGUGUGGUUUUCCCCACUGUUUGCAUGUGUUUACUUGUACAUAGUUUUAACUGCUGGACUUUUAUGACAAAAAUAAAUGUUCAAUCUACUUGU